UUGAAGCUUCCCCGACACUCUUCUCUCGUGUCGACCGUUUCUUCUCUGCAGUAGUAGUUUUGUUUCCAACGUUGAGAAAUGCGGCGUAUAUGGAAACAUAUAUAUAUAUAUAUAUACACACACACACACACGCAUACACAGAGCGAGCUAGAGAGAGCGUCAGGGAGAGAGAGAGAUGUUCGACUCACAGUCUCUGCUGUAUAGAAAGGGGCCUUUGAGAAGGAUAUGGGUGGCUGCUCACUUUCCUAAACGCUUGAAGAAAAACGAAGUUGCUGAGACCGAUAUCUCUUCUUGCGUCGAUGAGAUAUUGAAAGAAGAAUUUCCUGAUGUUCCAUAUAGAGUACUAGGCUACCUUCUCCUUGGCAUUGCGAGGAUAUACUCGAAGAAAGUCAAGUAUCUACUUGAUGAUUGCCAUCAUGCGUUGCUUAAAAUUAAUGACUUUGAAGGCCAAAAGAAUGCUGCCAAAGACAUUGCUACUCCAUUUGUACCUCGUUCUAUCACCCGACCAAAAAGAUUUGAACUUGAUGCCUUUGAUCUGCAGAUCUUGGGAGAUAAGAGCAGUGCUGACAUUGCUACUCCAUUUACACCUUGUUCUAUCACCCAACCAAACAGAUUUGAACUUGAUGCCUUUGAUCUGCAGAUCUUGGGAGAUAAGAGCAGUGCUGACAUUGCUACUCCAUUUACACCUUAUUCUAUCACCCAACCAAACAGAUUUGAACUUGAUGCCUUUGAUCUGCAGAUCUUGGGAGAUAAGAGCAGUGCUGACAUUGCUACUCCAUUUACACCUUGUUCUAUCACCCAACCGAACAGAUUUGAACUUGAUGCCUUUGAUCUGCAGAUCUUGGGAGAUAAGAGCAAUGUUGACAUUGCUACUCCAUUUACACCUUGUUCUAUCACCCAACCAAACAGAUUUGAACUUGAUGCCUUUGAUCUACAGAUCUUGGGAGAUAAGAGCAGUGCUGACAUUGCUACUCCAUUUACACCUUGUUCUAUCACCCAACCGAACAGAUUUGAACUUGAUGCCUUUGAUCUGCAGAUCUUGGGAGAUAAGAACAGUGCUGAUAUAAGGUCUGAUAGAGAUAUCAUCCUCACAGAUGUGAGGGAAAAUGAGGUCAUUGGACAUUAUUCAUUUGAUAAGAAUCAUUCUGAGGACAAUGCUGCUCAUUUUACAAUGUACUCUGAAGCUCACACUCCCGUUAAUGAUGUUCUUUCACCUUACAUGGAGAACAAUGUGGUGGCAAUUUCAUCUCAUAGUUUAAGCAGCUCAGAAGCAAGCAUUGAGAAACUACGAUGCAAUGAUUCCUACCUGGAAGAAUGCCUUGAUCCUACUUCCUCCACUGAGGUUGAGGAAGAAGCAGGCCAUGUUAGGAUACUUGACGAGUUUAAUGCUGACAGAGAGCAGAUAAAUCCUGAAACAGAAGAUGUUACUAGGGCUGAGAAGGAACCCCAGGAAUCUGUUAUAUCUUUGGCUGAAGUACAUAUGAAUGUAGAGCAGGAAAAGUUCCCAAAAUUGACUCCAUCAGGUUAUGGAAAGUGUCACAUUACUACUAAAGAUCAGUUUUCAUUCACUGCCAUUGAUUUAAUACAUGGGUCCAAGGGCCCAGCCAGUUCAGCUGCUACUGCACCAGAGUUUAUGUGUUUUCAAACUCCAGCUACUAAGGAAAAAGCUAGUACUUCAAGGAAGAGAAAACGGUUGUUUGACAAUGUCGUCAUCUUGUCUAACAAGGUACUGAAGGACAGGAUUGAAGACUCAGGUGGCUUGGUUCGUAAACGAAGAAAAGUUCCUCAUACUGCUCUUGAAGCCUGGAGAGCCCACAAAAUUUCUCAUCUGGCUGGCACUUUCAUGGAGCCUUCUAUUCCUUGUGUUGCGUCAGAGCACAUAUCUCGUUUCUGCUGGAAGAAACUAAAGAUCUCAGAGGCAGUUGAAAUUGUGGAAGCUUCUGAAAAAAUAGAUAUGUGUGGAUCCCCAACAGUUCAGACUCCAGAUGAUGCUGAUAAUGCUCCUUCAACCCCUCUUACCUGCUCAACUUCUUUAACGUCAUACAACUCCAAUGGAGCAGGAAACUUAAUUGGGGAUGAAGAAAUUGAUGCCUGCCUGAUAGAGGAGAUAGAUUCACGUGAAAGUGUUGACCUGAUAAUGAAUGGUUGGUCGGCCCGAACCAGAACAGUAGCACUGCAUCUCGACAGAAGCUGCCAAAAUCAAAAGAAACAAGGACAGGACGAGGAAGUUAGUUUGUCGCGGCUACUGAAACAGAAAACCAAGGGUGAAAGCGCCAGGCUAUUCUAUGAAAUACUGGUUUUGAAAUCUGGGGGUUAUAUUGAUGUGAAGCAAGAAGAACCCUUCAAUGACAUACUUGUACAGGAAACCCCCAAGUUGAAGCAGGCUUGUGAGGCUGAUGUAGUUAAUCCUAGUUAGGAUCCAAUCCAAAGCUUUGGGCCUCCAACAGUUAUAUUGAAAUUACUAGAAGUAUCUGAUGUAUAUAUGAAUAGAUGUUAUGCGCUUGUUAAAAUCAUGGCCUAAAGA